AUGUUGAUGGACGCUUUGAGCUGCUCAAGUAGUUCAGAUGAAUCUUCUGACGUAUUAAGUAAUGUAGAAGGAGUAGCGGUACCGAGUGACAGGCGAGGCCGUUUUAUCAAGCUCAAGAAGAUAAGAAGAGAUGACCUGAAAGAAAGCUUUGACGCCCUGAUCCAUGUUUGUCCUGGCCUGAAGGGAAUGAACCCGGUACCCUCUCGCGGUAAAGUCCUUACCAAAGCUGCGGACUUGAUAAAAAAUUGGAGCAAAGAUUUUGACCUUAGCAAAGAAGGACUGAAAGCUUUCCAGGAGAAUUCGAAAUACAUGAAUGAUUUUCGCAAAGAGAUGGAAAAUGUCGAAAGGACCGGCACAAUGACCGAAGCCUAUAGACAAAUGAAAGAGCACAUCGAGAAAAACAAGGCCCAGUUUGCUAUGUUUACUCAAGAGCAGUAUGUUCCUGCAGAACUUUGCGAGGGUCUGAAUAUGGAUGAGAUUAUGGAGAUCCUUUCUCAUCAGGGUGAGCAUCUUUAUGACGGAGAUGUUGAUUCUGGUGAAGACGACGUUGGAGAUGAUGAAAAUUCCAACGAAAAUGAUAAAGACUCAUAUGAAGAGGAUAGCCAAGUUGAAUAUUUUGAUAUCGGGGCGGAGGAAGUUAUUAUCUAA